AGGCAGACUGCUUCUACAAACAUUUGUGAAAGACUGUGCAAUAAGUUCAUCAGUGAAAUUUCCUUGAUACUAAAUAUUCCAUGGUCAGCUGUUAGUGGUAUAACAAAGUGGAAACAACUGGGAACAGCAGCAGCUCAGCCACAAAGUUGUAGGCCGUGUAAAAUGACAGAGCAGAGUCAGCGCAUGCUGAAGCGCACAGUGCCCAGAAGUUGCCAACUUUCUGCAGAGUCAAUAGCUAAAGACCUCCAAACUUCUUGUGGCCUAUAGAUUAGCACAACGGUGAGUAGAGUGCUUCAUGGAAUGGGUUUCCAUGGCCGAGCAGGUGCAUCCAAGCCUUACACCACCAAGUGCAAUGCAAAGCGUCAGAUGCCGUGGUGUAAAGUACGCCUCCACUAGACUUUAG